GUAUGGGCGGGGCUCAACACCGCUUGCACGUGACCUAGUGUAACAUUGGACUGACCCUGACCUUGUCAAAUGGCUGGUAGAUUAGCCUCUCUGGGAACCAAACUGGUCUCAAAGACCACAUCUACAGCAUCAACUGUCCUCAGAACAGCCCAGCCACACUUACAGACGUUCUGGGGUCAUGCUCGAGUGGAGUUAGGCCCACCCACCCCCGGACAAUGGCCACAAAUAAAGACCGGCCUCUCUAAGCUCUGGAAUUCCACACUAGCAGGACGAUUCCUAGAUGUGUCAGUGUCCGAGGCAACAAGAAAUACACUUAUUGCUGUUGAAACAGGUUGCUGGUUCUAUGUAGGACAAAUAAUUGGCAGGAAGAGCUUGAUCGGUUACAAAGUGUGAACUGUGGAACACUGGUUGUAGAUCUAGCAUUAUCAUUCUAUUAGAGGUGUAAUGACUCUAUGUUCAUGUUAGUCUGAUAGUAAUAUUUUGUCUAAAACCUCAAAA